AUGGCUGCUUCCAGGAAGACAUGUGCUUCUCAUCCGGUGCGUGAUUCCUAGCCGUUCGUGGGGUGCCCGAGAUGACGAGCGGUGGCUCUCGUAUCCUGGUCCUACUCUCUCGGACCAAGGGAACUGCUAGUUUAAGGGCAGCGAGAUCUGCUUUGGUCCCUGCUGUUAUUACAUUUAAUCGCCCGGACUCCCAUUCAAGCACAUGGGUCUGGCAUUCAACUUCCCAAACGAUCUCAAGAAGGGAUUUUCACGGUGUUAGUCCUCUUUACACCGAAUCACGUGUGGGAUCAUCUUCCACUGAAGCAAACAAGGAGAAGCAACCUGAAUCAACUGAUAAAGAUGCCAUUGAAUCCAAUGCAUUACCAGACUUGCCAGAUUCAUGCAUGGAGAACCCAUAUGUUCGAGAAAAGAUCCAGUGUGUUCUUUGCAAAUAUAAUGUGCCUGUAAACUACAAAAAUGUGAAGCUGCUAGCACAAUUCAUAUCACCAUACACAGGUAUGGCUUAUGGGAGACAUAUCACUAGAUUAUGUAUCAAGCAGCAGGAACGUGUGGAGAAAGCUAUUGAAACUGCAAGGGCUACUGGGUUAAUGGCUGUGGCAUUGAAGGAGGAGAUGUAUUUGAAGGACCCCAAGCUAUUUGACCCCAACAAGCCUGUGAGACCUCACAGAUUCUGAUGUCUGCUAUUCUGUGCCUCUUCCUUUAGGAGAUCUGAUUUUUUAUUUUAAUCAGAGAAGUAAGGGA